UAUGCGCCCCGAAGAGAAAGUAGCAGCGGCAGCGUUCAGCAGGCUGGCUCGGAGUUAGGUCACUGAGCUUGAGCAUCGCAAACUAAAGUAUCUGAAAUACUUUUACUUUACAGCUUCAACACUCAGAAAGCAUUGUGCACACCAUGGAGAAGAAAAACACUAUUAACUUUGGUGCCGGGCCGGCAAAGCUUCCACCCUCCGUUUUACUCCAAGCACAGAAUGAGCUGUUGGAUUACAGUGGCAUUGGAAUUAGUGUUCUUGAAAUGAGCCACAGGUCAGCAGAUUUCAGCAAGAUUGUAAACACCACAGAAAAUCUUCUCCGUGAACUUCUAAACAUACCUGAAAACUACAAGGUAUUGUUUCUUCAAGGCGGUGGAACAGGGCAGUUCAGCGCUGUUCCUCUGAAUCUGAUUGGUCUGAAGGAGGACAGAUGUGCGGAUUAUGUCGUGACUGGAGCUUGGUCUGCAAAGGCUGCCAAAGAGGCAGAGAAGUAUGGCAAAGUGAAUGUGGUUCAUGCAAAACUGGACAAAUACACCAAUAUCCCAGAUAAAAGCAGUUGGUCACUGAAUCCUUCAGCAUCCUAUGUUUACUACUGCUGCAAUGAAACAGUCCAUGGUGUCGAGUUUAACUUUAUUCCGGAUACCAAGGAAGCAGUUCUUGUCAGCGACAUGUCGUCAAAUUUCCUGUCCCGCCCAGUGGAUGUUUCAAAGUUUGGGCUCAUAUUUGCAGGCGCACAGAAGAACAUAGGAUGUGCUGGAGUCACUGUUGUCAUCGUGAGGGAGGAUCUGUUGGGUAAAGCCCUGAAGGAGUGCCCUAUUGUACUGGAUUACCAAGUGCAAGCUGGAAAUAACUCCCUCUACAACACGCCCCCUUGCUUCAGCAUCUACAUCAUGAAGCUGGUUCUGGAAUGGAUCAAGAAUAAUGGAGGCACAGAAGCCAUGGAGAACCUGAGUCAGAAGAAGUCAUCUUUGAUUUAUGAUGUCAUCAGCAGCUCCAAUGGAUUUUACUCAUGCCCUGUUGAUGUGGAUUGCCGUAGCCGCAUGAACAUUCCAUUCCGCGUUGGAAAAAGGGAGGGAGAUGAAGCCCUGGAGAAGCUGUUUCUGGAUAAGGCUUCCAAACUUGGAAUGAUUUCGUUAAAAGGACACAGAUCUGUUGGUGGGAUACGAGCUUCUCUGUACAACGCAGUAACUUUAGAAGACACUGAAGUUCUUGCUGCCUAUAUGAAGGAGUUCCUAAAGGAGCAUCAGCCCAGUGAACUGAAGAACUAGACAAAGUCAUGUUUACAAGUUGACUCAACCACUAAUAACAGCUUUCAUGUUUGCAGCUGCUAAUGUUAUUAGAAGUACAUAUACAUAUGUAAUCUUCCUCAAACACUAAGGUUUUCCUGUGGGAGCUGAUAUUGUUUGACCAUGUUGUCAUUGAACAACACUACCAUGUCAGACACGGUGUUCGGAAUAAGUUGUCACUCACACACUGUCUUUAACCUGUGUCUAAGUUAGAAAACUAAUAUUUCUCUUUUUUUCCACUAUUAAUUAUAAUGUGCCUUAGCAUAUGUAUAUGAACGUGUAUGUAAGUCUAUAUGUAUCUGUCGUUUUACAAAGGCAUUUGUACAGUAUAGUUUCAGUAGAUGUAAACACAGUACGAAGGUUUUAAAAAAAUAGACAUUAAAGUGGCUGAUGAACCUCUUG